ACCGGAUACAAUUGUGGUCAUCCGGUUGGCAUUCACUUGCCACGUGGUCUCAAUUUUGCGAUUCCGCGGCCGAGACCGACGACGCUACGAUGAUGAAGAUGGUCGAGCAGCAGGUGGAAGAGGUCCGACGCCUCAACAAGAACAAGCGGCAGCUCACGCAUCAGGCGCUCAACCUCAUCAUGGUCAUCACGAGCGCGCUCAUGAUCUGGCGCGGCCUCAUGGGCUGGACGCUUGGCGAGUCGCCGAUCGUCGUCGUGCUCAGUGGCAGCAUGGAGCCGGCUUUCCAGCGCGGUGACAUCCUCUUCCUCGACAACAACAAGCCCAACCUCGACAUUGGCGACAUUGUCGUCUUCAAGAUCAAGGACCGGGACAUCCCGAUCGUCCAUCGCGUGCUCAAAGUCCAUACGCGCAAGUCGGACGGCGUCGACUUUUACUUGACCAAGGGCGACAACAACAACGUCGACGACCGUGGGCUCUACGCGCCGGGCCAGCUCUGGCUGCAGCGCGGCGAUAUCGUUGGCAUUGCGCGCGCCUCGAUCCCGUACGUGGGCAUGGCAACCAUCCUCAUGAACGACUACCCGGCCCUCAAGAUCCUCGCCGUCGGCCUCAUGGCCAUCAUGGCCUUUACACAGCGAGAAUAGAGCGACGACUUGAUGUACUCUAUAUGGCAACGGUCCUACGUGCGAGCUCCUCGUUUGAUUGGAUAUAUACGGUGGAGUCGACCCUGCGGUAUGCAGCCACGGUGUUGCAUGUCGAAGCGCUUAGAGCUACGUUGCCUCGACG